UCGUUGCCCGUUGCCCGGUGGUCGUUGCCGGGUGCCCGUUGCCCGGUUACCGUUGCCCCCCGCAACGCUUGGUGGCUGUGGAGGGGGAUGUGGGGCGGGCCGGGCUGGGGCCCCCCGCGGCUGGAAGGCUUCGUGCUCACCGAGCGGCUGGGCAGCGGCGCCUACGCCACGGUGUACAAGGCCUACGGCAAGGAGGCCCCCCGGCAGGUGGUGGCCAUCAAGUGCGUGAGCAAGAGGAGCCUCAACAAGGCGUCGGGGGCCAACCUGCUCACCGAGAUCGAGCUCCUCAGGGCCGCCCGACACCCGCACAUCGUCCGGCUGCACGACUUCCAGUGGGACAGCGCUAACAUCUACCUGAUCAUGGAGUUCUGUGCCGGGGGUGACCUGUCCCGCUUCAUCCACGCCAGGAGAAUCCUCCCAGAGAAGGUCGCCCGCAUCUUCUUGCAGCAGCUGGCCAGUGCCCUCCAGUACCUGCACAGUCGCAAUAUCUCCCACCUGGACCUGAAGCCGCAGAACAUCCUGCUGAGCUGUCUGGAAAGGCCGCAUCUCAAACUGGCAGACUUUGGCUUCGCCCAGCACAUGGUCCCCUGUGCCGAGCAGCACGUCCUGCGGGGCUCCCCUCUGUACAUGGCCCCCGAGAUGGUGUGCAAGCGGCAAUACGACGCCCGUGUGGAUCUCUGGUCUGUGGGCGUCAUCCUGUACGAAGCUCUGUUUGGGAGGCCUCCCUUCGCCUCCAGGUCUUUCACGGAGCUGGAGGAGAAGAUCCGCAGCAGCGACGUCAUCGAGCUCCCCGCACGACCUCAGAUCUCCCGGAACGGCCGGGACCUCCUUCGGCGCCUCCUGGAGCGGGACCCCGACCAGCGCAUCUCCUUCCAGGACUUCUUCGCCCACCCCUACGUGGACCUGGAGCAUAUGCCCAGCGCAGAGAGCCUGGAGCGGGCGACAGCUCUGGUUGUGGAAGCGGUGAAGAAGGACCAGCAGGGUGAUUAUGGGGAUGCCCUCUCCCUCUACUGCAGGGCCCUGGACUUUUUCGUCCCUGCUUUGCACUACGAAGUGGAUGCCCGGAGGAAGGAAGCCAUCAGGGUCAAGGUGGGGCAGUACGUGUCCCGGGCCGAGGAACUGAAGGCGCUGGUCAACUCCUCCAACCGGACUCUUCUGCAGCAGAACAGCUCUACCCUUGACCUCCUCAAAGAGAUGGCUCGUGACAAACCCCGUCUGCUUGCCGCCCUGGAGGUGGCCUCCUUAGCCGUGGCCCAGGAGGAAGAAGGCAAGGACAAUGGCGACACCCUGGAUCUCUACCAACAGAGCCUGGGGGAGCUGCUUCUCAUGUUAGCGGCUGAACCCGCUGGGAGGAGACGGGAGCUGCUGCACGCCGAGGUUCAGACCCUGAUGGGCCGGGCGGAAUAUCUGAAGGAGCAAAACAAGAUGAGAGAGUCCCAGUGGGCAGCAGAAUCCGCAGACAAGGAGAGUCUCUCUGAGUCCAUCCGGAGCUCUUGCACACUGCAGUAACUCUUCAAAGGCCUGGAGUCAAACUGUCGGCAGGAAGAGCAGCCCGGGGCUGCCACCCUCACCCAGGAAGGCCUGUCCUUGUACUCAAGAGGGAGGAGAUGGAGGGGACGGGGAUGGAACGGAUGUCCUGCCUAAGCCGUAAGGGUUGUCCUCCCCCUCACCUUUUCUAUUCCCCCGAGUGCACGUCGUGACUUGUAUUUGGUUUCUCUUCCACGUUCACUGGAUUAAAGCAGCAAGGACUGAUGAGCAGAGCUAUGUAGGUGCCCUGACCGGGGACUUGGGAGCUUGUAAGAAUUGGGGGGCUUUGGGAGCCAGCUAAGGAAUAACAGGUCUUGGGGUUGUGGAGGGAUUUCCCCGCAACUGUGGGGGCAUAGGGGUUGGAUUGAAGGCCUGGUUUCUGAACAGGAGUCUUCUUUCACCAGAACCCCUUGCUUGCUUCCAUGGGGCCAAGUGAGGAUCUUGUCUUGCGGGGCUGAAUCCUAGCCCUGAUGUGGGAUUGAAGAGAUCCUUUGGCUUCUGCCCACAUGCCUCUGGCUAACCGCAAUUUCCCUCAUAAUUGAGUUCUGGCAGGAUUUUCCUGCUCCCAGAUUUGUGACUUGCUGACUCUCCGCAACCCUCCCUGAUCAUCAGGAAUCCAGUGCCCUUGUUCUCAGGUGGGAAUGGGGGAGCGGGAGAGGUCUCUGACCUCCCUCACAAUUUAUCCCAGUACCAACCCCAUGGGCCUCUCUGGUGCUGCCCCACUCCUCAGGCUUGCUAAAACCAUCAUCCCCUCAGACUCCCCUCGGGGAAUGGUGCUGAGUCAGACAGGUUCCCAGCAACAGACCUGAGUGCAGAAAUGUGGAUACUUUUUUUCACCCCUGGCAUGCAGUCAGGCUUCUAUCUGAGUAUUUUCUGCGGCAGUAUUCUGCACAGGGCAGAGCCAAGCAUGAUGAAACUAAUUCGGCAGGAAACACUGUCGAGGCAAAGUGGGACGGAACUGUGAAAUGAACUGGCCCAUUCUACUGACCGAAAAGGGAAUCAAAUUGCCUAGAAGCAACAGAGUUUGACUUAGAUAUUAAGCAUCUGGUAUGGGGUUAAUGUCUUCAGGAUGGGACCCCCCCAAACUUCUUGAAGUCCAACAACCCUUCAUUUCCCAGCCCAGCUUGGGAGACUUGCCCCCUCUCACCAACAAGAUCCCGGCUUCCAGCCUCCAUCCGUGGCAUGGUUCCUGCAGAUGAAUAAGAUUGAAACUGGUAUCAUUUACCUGCCCCAGAUCCCCACUUGGGUUUGUUUGCGCCUGUGACCUUCUCCUCUGUGGCCCAGACAAUCUUGAGGGGUUUUGUUUUGUUUUUAAAUCCUUUAGGCUUAAAAAAACUCUCUAGUGUCACAUGAUUGAGGGACUCAUCUCUCCAGAGGAAACUCGAUUACUGUAAUAUUUUAAUUUAUGAUCUCCUUUCUGUCCAUUGGGCUUUAAGCAUAGGGUUGCCAUUGAAGAUUCUAGCCUGCUAAGGCUUCUGAAGCUGGAGAGGGAAUAGGGAAUUCCUUCCUUGGAGUAACCUGUUCAUCUACUGUCUUCUUGACUUUUCUUACUCCCAAUCACACAGGAUUAUUAGAGAAACUAAAAGGUUUAUGUGGGGUGGGGAGGGUGGUUAGGGUGAGAAAGAGGUAGCCAGAGACCAACUUGGAGACUGGGAGGCAGACCAGAAGGCCAGUGAGAGUGAGCUUUAAAUUGGUGUCACAGUGUUUUGCGACAAUCUUUUGGCUUUUCUUUUUUGAACUGGGAAAACUUCAGGUCCUUUAAUCCUGCAGCCUCCCCCACACCACCUGGCAAGAGAUUUAGGGGGCAAAUCUCUUGUAGACCUCACCACCUCUUACUAGUUAAAAUGAUGUGAUCUAUUUAUUGCCUUCUGUAUUAAAUUAUUUUCUAAAUCCA